AUGAAUAAUUACAGAGACGUGCUAUUUUCCGUCAUAAAUGCAGCCAAUACGUACAAGAAUAAAACAAUAGUAAUGUUGGUAAAUAAAAUUAACGGUGCCUAUCCAAUAUCAAAGUCGAGUGGCGACUUUCAUAGAUUGGCGAAUCAUCUAUACCAGCUGCUUCAUUCCGCUAGGCAUGAUGAUAUCAGCGACAAGUCAGUUAAAUACCUUUCUUCGGCGGCGGAAUCCAAAACAUCAGAACCCAUGGCUGCACCCAGUAAAUCAGAGAAGAGUGUUAUUACGUUUCCUAAUGUGUUUACAGGUACUAGCAAGGACGUUAAGGUGAAAACUCCUAAAUGGAAAAUAGGAAAACCAUUAACCAAGGAUUUUAUGUCCACAAAGGUAAAUAACAUGUUAACAUCAAUUGUAUUGGCUGAGACGGAAACCACUAAAUUGGCAGGUUUGGAAAACUUGAUAUCUUAUAUUAAACAACAUCCAGAUGCCCGGCAUAUUGCUGUUAAGGAAGGAGCAAUAUCCACAUUAUUAAGUGUUAGAAAAAGAACAAAAACCCAUUACAUACAUUGCGCGUUAAAAGAGGCGCUCGCUUUAUUGGGACAUGCCGAUCCUGUUAGAGGCAAAGGUAUAAGAAUUUUGUCAAUAGAUGGAGGUGGUACCAGAGGUAUACUUGUAAUUGAAAUGUUGAGAAAACUAGAGGAACUCAGUGGUAAGCCUGUUUAUGAAAUGUUUGACCUUAUUUGUGGGGUCAGUACCGGUGCAAUAAUAGGAACACUAAUGGGCUUAAAGCAACACACUCUCGAUGAAGUGUCUGAGAUUUAUAGAAGGAUUAGCUCUCAAGUGUUUACUCAAUCUCCACUCCGAGGCACCAGUAAUCUUGUGUGGUCUCAUUCAUAUUAUGAUACUGAUUUAUGGGAGAAAUUACUAAGCGAGCAGUGGGGAAACAAGACUUUGAUUGAGACGGCCAGAAACCUCAAAUGUCCCAAGUUUUGUGCCGUUUCUGCUGUAGUCAAUCACUCACGUUUGGUAGCUUAUGUCUUUAGAAAUUACUCUUUGCCAUGCAAAGUGCAAUCGCAAUACAUGGGGGAUUGCGUUCACGCCGUCUGGGAAGCGGUCAGGGCUUCGGCUGCGGCUCCAACUUACUUUGAAGAAUUUAAAAUCGGAAAUAUGAUACAUCAAGAUGGCGGGAUAUUGGUCAACAAUCCUACAGCUGUCGCAAUUCACGAGGCAAAAUUACUGUGGCCUUGCACUCCCAUACAGUGUGUCGUUUCUUUUGGAACCGGAAGAACUUCUUUGAAUCCUAUUGACUUUUCUGAACCCGCCAUUGCCAAUAACACGUCAUGGAAGAAUAAAUUUUUUGCCAUUAUUGAUAGCGCCACUGACACUGAAGGCAUACAUAUUAUGCUCUCUGAUUUGUUGCCUGCAGAUGUUUACUAUAGAUUCAACCCAUACCUUACCGAAAUGCUAGAAAUGACAGAAAUCAAUCCUCAGAAACUUGAUCAGUUGGAAAAAGACGCGCUAAUGUAUUUGAGGAGGAAUGAGGACAAAUUUCAGCAAGUGACCAGGAAACUUGGCGAAAGUAAGGGUCUAUGGCAACGACUGAUGGAAUGGCUUGCUUUGAGAAGGCAACUGCACAAUUUAAAAUUGUAGACCUUUAAUUUCUAGUUAAAAUUUCACCUGUAAAUAUGUAUAAAGUUAUUUGUAAUAAGCAAAACUGU